AGUGAAAGCAUCUCCAAAAUGCUGAGUCUUAAGUUCUGGAUUGGCCUGGGCCUGUUGACCAUCGUUUCGGGUGCAGCGGUACCUGGAAAGCCUCCCGUUGACGAGGAGCGGAUUCAUCCCCAUCUGCCCAGUAGUCCCAGACUGCGUGCGAUUUCCGGAGAGGACACCCAGGAGUACUGGCACUCGGCCAGCAAGAAACUCAUCCGCGAGAAGUUGGAGUAUGUCAGGAACACGAACAAGGCCAAGAACAUCAUCCUAUUUCUGGGCGAUGGCAUGGGCUUGGCUACUCUGGCUGCUGCCCGCAGUUAUAUCGGAGGUGAGGAACUGAAGCUCUCCUUCGAGGAGUUUCCUUUUACCGGGCUGUCCAAAACCUAUUCGGUGGACAAAAUAGUUCCCGACAGUGCCUGUACUUCCACGUCCUACCUUUGCGGAGUGAAAGCCAACUAUGGAACCAUUGGCGUCAAUGCCCAUGUGAAGAGAGGCGACUGCUUGGCUAUGGCGAAUGAAACGAACCACGUGUUCUCGCUGGGAAAGUGGGCCCUGGAUGCGGGAAAAGCAGCAGGAAUAGUGACCACCACCCGUGUGACCCAUGCCUCUCCGUCGGGCGUCUACGCCCAUGUCGCCGAUCGCGAGUGGGAGAACAACGCGGUCCUGGAAGAGGCCUGCGGUGAGCAAUCGGAGGGUCUCCAGGACAUAGCUGUCCAGUUGAUUCAUGGCGAAGUGGGCAGCAAACUCAAGGUAAUGCUGGGAGGAGGGAAGCGAAGCUUUUAUAGUCCGGAGCACUACGACAAGGGACGGCGCACAGAUGGCCGUAAUCUCGUCGAGGAAUUCGAGGAUUUGGAUGAGGGUAAUAAGUUCGUCAAGACCCAAAAGAAGCUGCUAGCUGUAAACGCCACUGAAACGGGCAGAUUAUUGGGUCUGUUCAGCAAGAGUCACAUGCACUACCAUCUUGAGCAGUUGGCCGAUCCGGAGAACAAUGAACCCACCCUGGAGGAGAUGACUCAGAAGGCUAUUGAAGUGCUGGAAACCGAGGAGCAGGGCUACUUCCUCUUCGUAGAGGGUGGCAAGAUCGACAUCAGUCAUCACAGCACUAAGGCACGAAUUGCUUUGGAUGAGACCGCCGAACUUUCGAAGGCUGUGAAGAAGGCCAGAGAGAUGACCAAUCCGGAGGAGACGCUCAUCGUGGUCACCUCAGAUCACUCGCAUACAUUCAGCGUGUCCGGAUAUCAGCCCCGAGGUAGCGACAUCUUUGGAACGGCGAAGGCGAAGGGCAAGGAUGGCAAACCCUAUUUGGCGUUGAGCUAUGCGAAUGGCCAGAGUUUCGAGGAAUAUUACAACACGGUGACCCACGAACGAGAGGAUCCCACCAGUCUGCUUAACAUCGGUGACUUUAAUCAGCUUUUCCCGGCCACGGUGCCACUGGAAUCGGAGACUCACGGAGGCGAGGAUGUCGGCGUUUUUGCCUCGGGACCCUGGGCCCAUCUUUUCACCGGAGUCUACGAACAGAACACCAUUCCCCAUAUCAUGGCCUUUGCCGCGUGUGUUGGCGAUGGAUUAACCGCUUGCGAUUAGGAAGAAAGAGAUGAUUGACAGGCCGAAGGACUCUUAAUUAACUCGACCACUGGACGAUUCUCACGUACGCUUUAUCGCUUUAAAUGAAUACUCAACAAUUGACAGGUGCUGGUACACAUGGCCUUCGAGAAAAAUAAAUUCGAUCGGGGAUACUCGGACAUGUGUACAAAAAAACCAAAUAUACUUAUAUUGUCUGAUAAUAAGCAGACAUCAAAAACACGAUUAAAUCUUUAAGAAAAAUUUUAA